AAAACGAGUUCCACUCCAUCUCCAUAAUCUUUAUAUCAUUAUAUCAUAUUCUUCUCUGUUAAUGAAGAAAAACUGAAGCUCAAAUGGCGAAGAACACAAAAGCAAUUUCUAGUUUGUUAAUCAGGAAUUUGUUAUCUUCAAAUGAAAGAUCAAAUUCCAGAAGCGGUUUUUGUUUCAACGGAAGAGAAUUCGGGAAACCAUGUUUUUUCGCUUCAUCUGCUUCUGUUGAGAAGACGAUGGUAUCAGAAGGAGGAUUUAAAGAUUAUGAAGAGUACAGAAGGUCUUUAUAUGGUGGUAAUAUUACUCACAAAGCUCUCCUUGUUGAUGCUGUUGGUACUCUUGUUGUUCCUGCUCAACCUAUGGCUCAAAUUUAUAGACAGAUUGGGGAGAAAUAUGGGGUGGAAUAUUCAGAAGGUGAAAUACUGAACCGUUAUAGAUGGGCUUAUGAAAAACCUUGGGGUAAUUCUCGGCUCAGAUAUGUUGACGAUGGAAGACCAUUUUGGCAAUAUAUAGUCAGUCAGUCAACUGGAUGUUCAGAUUCUCAGUACUUUGAAGAACUUUAUCACUAUUAUGCAACGGACAAGGCAUGGCGCCUAUGUGAUCCUGAUGCUGAGAGAGUAUUUAUGGCCCUUAAAAAAGCUGGUGUCAAGUUAGCUGUUGUUUCGAACUUCGACACACGACUACGGUCAGUUUUACGGGCUUUGAAUUGUGAUCACUGGUUUGAUGCAGUGGCUGUGUCUGCUGAAGUCGCAGCAGAGAAGCCAAAUCCAACAAUAUUUUUGAAGGCUUGCGAUUUACUAGAGGUUAAACCUGAGGAUGCUCUACAUAUUGGGGAUGAUCGUAGGAAUGAUCUUUGGGGUGCCAGAGAUGCCGGUUGUGAUGCUUGGUUGUGGGGAAGUGAUGUUAACUCUUUUAAGGAGGUAGCGGAGAAAAUUGGCGUCCAAGUCUGAAGUGGAUCAAAGAGAUUGCCCCAUCACUCCAAGGAAUACGCUGUCCUGUACUACUUGUAAAUAUUGCUCCUUUGUUGUAAUAAAUAUGUAUAGUCUAGAAUGAUUGUAACUAGUAAGAGAGCUUUUACUACUUCCGUGUUUCCCGUCUCGAUGUUGACAGCUGGUUGGAUUUAUCUUUUUGUUCAUGAGUUUAAAGUUCUGCACAACAGUCCAAGAUUGUAGUGAAGAUGCUUAUUGACACAGAUAUGCCUGCAAGCUUAUGCGGUGCAGGAUAAGCAAUAUUUCAGUAGUGUAGGUUAAGGUGUAUCUGAGGUGUCAGUUUUUGUGUUUUCGUGUUAAUGUAAACGUGUGGUCCUUACACUUCUCUUUCUCUUAGUGAAGUCAGUAAUAUUAAUCUGUGAAUGAUUAGUAUUUAAGUCCUGUAAUAACAGUAAUAACUUCUUUAGUUGUUAAUGAAAAUCUGGGUUUCUCUUUCACCA